GAGAAAUGAGGAAAAGCUUUAGGUUAAGCUUCGACUCUCCGCAUCUUUGGGUCUGUCACUGCCGCAUUGCUGAAGCAUCAUUCGUGGGGGUAAAAAUACUUAGCUGUGUGGCCGGGAAAUUCCACCAACACUUACUGACGAUUGUUGUUACUGUCCUAAUGACAAUGGGACAACAACUCGAAUAUGCUUUUUUGCUACUUCAGGCAAACUCAAGGCAAAUGAGGUACGUUCUUGAUGGGGCGGCUCGGCACACUCAUGUGCUAGCAUCCCCCUAACAACCUCUGCGAUUAACUUUUUUCAAAUCUGCCAAGCAAUCGAUCUUUCACCGAUAAUUUGUGGUGCUGGAACGAACUCGGUGAACUAUCGCCCGAGGUAAACACGCAUAUGCAGCACCGCAUCGGAAACUGAAGGCUGAAAGAACGUACCAAACGCGAGAGGGAACAAUCCAAUCCCUCCCAUCACUC